UCAAUAUAAAAAUAUAUACAGAAAUAACACAAUCUUUUAAUAAAAUUUGUUAUUACUUAUUACAAUUAGUUUUCAAAUUAAUUGUAAAUUUUGUUGUUUGAAGCACGGCGUCGGUGAAUGAACAAAGGAAAGGGGUUGAGGAAGAAGAAAGAAACCCUAGCAAACCGUUGAAUUAGGUUGAAAGAUGACAGGGACGGAGGAGCCAACGGCGAAGAAGAGAGUCGUAACGGAAUCUCUAGGAUGGCUAACGGAAUCGUCGAUUAUGCCAAAGAAGCACAGAGCCAUAGAAGGUGUUGGAGCAUCCUCCAUCCUCGAAUUGAAAGCUCAACUCUACAAAUCUCAAGAAGAUUCCAAAAAGUCCAGAGAAUUAUCCGGCGCUGACGCAGAAUAUCAACGUGCCAAGAAUUUCAUCAGUUCCAAAGAUCACUUCUCCAAUAAGAACUCCGGUGUCGAUGCGCGUGCUAACAAGGAUAAACUUGAGUUGAAAGCUAUUAAUGAUGGAUCAGUGAGCUAUGCUGCAUUGGAGAAGAAGGCUGCAUUGUAUAAUAAGUUAGUUAAGGGAGAAUUGUCAGAUGAAGAGGAUAAAGAGAAGUAUUGUGUUGAUUUUGUUCGUAAAGGGAAUGAUGGUGAUGAUGUCUCUACCACUUCGAAUGUGUUUCAAGAAAAUGAACGUGGUGAUGGGGAUGGUGAUGCUUUUUCGCUGUUUAACGUGAAACCUGUUGGGCUUGGUCGAACUUCUGGAGUGUUUGAUGGUGCAGAGCACAAACGAAAUGUUAGGGAAGUUCAUGAAGAAGCAAAUCUUGCGAGAGAAAAGACUUCAGAAAUUAAACUACGCAGACAGGAGCAGUUAGCUGCUCAACGUAAGAAACUUAAACAAGCCUAUCUUCGGAAAAAAUUGGAGCAACUGAAGUCCGCUUCUGUUGAAACUGAAUCUGAGAUUAAACACACGUGAUGUACGGGCCAACAAUUCUCCAUAAUUUCUGUAGGUGGAUGGAGUGAAACCAAAAUUUUCUUAUAGGAAGGCAUGAGGAAUUGAAAACAGACUAAACCUGUGUUAUUAUUCACUGGAGUUACAGCAUAGGUAUUCCUGUGAUGCAAAACGACCACCUCAACCCGGGAUAAACAAAAAAAGAAAGGUGAAAACAAUUAAAAGAACCAAAAGAAAACUCCUCUUUUUUCUGUUGUAAAUGAUGUAAUUUGACAAUUCCUGUAUACAUGAGUUAUUGGUAUAGAUUUGAGCAAACACUGCUUUUAAUUUUGUUGGCUAAACCUGCAAUAGACCAGACCAGUCUUCCUUUAA